CCCAGCCCCACUGCCCUGCCCGGACCCUGCGGUCCACUCUCCUUCCUGCUCAGUCACUGCGCAGCUCUCGCCCUCUGGACUCCACUGUCCUCGGUCUCCUCCCUCUUUCCCCUCCCCGCCAGCCUCUGGACGCUCCGAGGAGUCUCAGCGGCUGGUCUCUGAGUGUCUUCCACCCGGGACCAAGCUCCACCCCUCCAGCUAUAGGUCAGGCGCUGGGGCGAUGGCCACACCGGGAGUCUGGCGUUGCUUCCUGGGGUACCUCAUUCUGGGCGCCACAGGGCCGCGCGCCGCCCGCGGCGGCAGCCACGUCACGGCCGGCGAGGCCUGCAGCCCGCGCUCGCAGCCCUGGCAGGCCGCGCUGUUCACGGAAGGCGACUUCUUCUGCGGGGGCGUCCUGGUGCACCCGCAGUGGGUGCUGUCCGCGGCGCACUGUCUCCGGGACUCCUACGCUGUUGGCCUGGGCCUGCAGAGCCUGGGCGCCCUCGGAGCGCGGGGCGGCUGGGUGGUCGAGGCCAGCCUGUCCAUUCAGCACCCACAGUACAACCGGCCGUUCCUGGCCAACGACCUCAUGCUCAUCAAGCUGAAAGACCCCGUGGCUCCCGGCGACACCAUCCGGAACAUCAGCGUCGCCUCCCGGUGCCCGACCCCCGGGGAGUCCUGCCUCAUUUCCGGCUGGGGCCAGCUAAUGAACGGCACGCGGCCCGCAGCGCUCCAGUGCGCGAACGUCUCCGUGGCGCCCGCACAGCUCUGCGGCGCCCUCUACGGCCCCUUGUUCCACCCCAGCAUGGUCUGCGCCGGCGGAGGACCCCACGGCAGGGACUCCUGCUACGGCGACUCCGGGGGCCCCAUGGUCUGCAGGGGGGCACUGCAGGGCCUCGUGUCUUUUGGACUCGCCCCUUGUGGCCAGCCCUACGUGCCCAGUGUCUACACCAACCUCUGCAAGUUCACCGACUGGAUACAGAGAACCAUCGACAGCAGCUAGCUCCGGAACCUGAAUGCGGGAACUGGAAGCCCCAA